AUGGGGGAGAAUGUCUUUCCUACCGAGGCUCCUAGGAGUGCUUCCUUAGAGCCUGGGGCUAGUCCUCGCCCUGAGCCCCGCGACGAGACCGCAGAGCCGGCUAGUGGCUUAGCAAUAGACCCGCAGAACCCAUCUUUUACUAGCUACCGAGAAACCACUCGCCAUGAGUCUGAAGCGUCUACGUCUACUAGACCAUAUAUUCGUCCUGCUCUAGCCCAGCCAGCGCCGAAUGAUCCUCCUAUCUUCCACCCAGCGCAAGGACCUGACCAGUCCCAGCAGACGCCUUCUUACCCUAUGAUCCAACCUCGUCAGAUCGUGGUUCACCAGCAGAUGAUGCCGGAUCCUGGAACCCCUGGCGCCCCCUUCUUUGAUGGAAAGAAUGUCUCUGAGUUUAUUAGGACCUAUGAGGGCAUGUGCAAGAGACGAGGAAUCCUAGACGGCACCAGCAUAUGUGAUGGUCUCGCUGACUACUGCGAAUUCACCGUGAGAAUGUGGAUUGAGUCUUCGCCAAACUGGAAAUUCAGAGACUUUAAGGCACUAAAGGAAGAGAUGCGAAAUCAUGAGUCUUAUGACGAAAUCCGUCAGUAUUUGACGCAGUUUGCGGCUAUCUCGGACGUUCUUAUGGAAAGAGGAGCUUUAGGUGAGCUCCAGCGCUGUGAGUGCCUUCUUCAAGGCCUUCCAGUCUGGCUGAGCGGAAAAGUGAUUAAAAAGGGUGGAAUUAGCUUUGAGAACCCUUCCCGGUCCCAGCCAGUGACUCUCUUCUGGGUUACGAGGCUUAUAUACACGAUUAUGGACGCUAAACGCGACUUUGACACGACGAUCAAAGGUGUCCUUCCUCCGCGGACUGGAGGACAAAGAAAUCAAGGAGAUCAGGAGAUUCCACAGUUGUUUGGUCCCGAAAGACAGGAAGGACGUAAUGAGCCGAGCUCCGAUUUCGCACGAGCUCUAGAGCAGCUAAACCGCAAGUUUGACCAGAUGGAUAUUAAGGUGAACACGAUCCAGACCGGACUGGCUAGGAAAGAUACGGAUCGAAAAUCUGUUUCUUCUGCGGUGGUCCGGGGCACAUUUCGACGCCCCAGUCUUUCUUCCCGCCCUGCCUAUGACGAGCAUGGAAUUCAGCGUGCUCGAGUCAACUAUUUAGGGAUGCGCCUAGGUUCUUGUCCUAGAGAGAACCAAGAGAUUGAUGACGACUCAGACGAAGAAGUGACUGGCUUUGAGCAAGCUGGAUUGAACGCUGUGGGCACCCGGAGUUCGCAAGAUCCUAUCCGAAAACGACGUCGAGAGCAAGGAAUUGCGUCCACAAGGAACCUACAGACUGGCAGAUAUGAGCAACCUAUGGUGACGGACCUUGAGAAUGAAGAAGUUAUGAUGGAAGGUGGUCCGAGUCAGUCCUUAUAUAUGACGCAAAUUGAGAACACGCCUACUGGUAGCCAGGGUGCCCCUAGAGACUCUAGCUUAGACUCACGUGCACGUGGGUCUAGGUCUCCGCCUCAGCCUCAGAACUCGUCUAAAGUGAACAGAACGCCUCCGUUUGUGAGUAUGGACACGGCCUUGGAAAAUGACAUAAAACGACGAUUCUUGGAUAUGGAAGUCUCCAUUAAGCUCUCAGAGAUGGCAAAGCUGGCUCUAAAGUUCCGGAAUACCUUAUUUCGGGAGGAUACACCUGGCGAACCUAGAGCCUCUAGCUCUAAUGCUCUGGUCCUAUAUCGAGACUCCGAUGAGUUGAUAAGACCACCCGUGAACGUCGCGUCUGGGCAGAUCAUCACGGACCAUAGACGCUCGGUGCCUGUUGGAGAUGCCCCUGAGACUGAUGAAGGGAUAUACUCGCUCCCUCUCCUUUACACGGACGUGCGCAUUAACCAGUUUAUGGUCCGCGGGAUGUUAGACUCUGGCUUAGGACUGAACGUGAUUGCUUCUCCUGGCUUGAUCCUAGGAAGACCAUUUAUGGAGAGUACCUUACUAACCAUGGAGCACCGCGAGAAUGGUCACUCCCGCAAGAAGGACGAGUUGUGGGCUCAUCAAAGAUCUGGCCUGGCGAACCGCGUCUACGUCGCUUAG